CUAUCGACGAAGAGGGAAACAAAAUGUAAAGACCAACAUCAACACCUGAGCCGACGUUAAAGGGAAUAUAAAUACAUCGUUCUAGUAAUAACCGAGAGACGUUUUGAUUACAUACGUUAUAAACUCACUUAGAAUAUAGGAUGCUGCUAAGAUGAGAUAACGAGAAAAACAAAAUGCAUGAACUUUUCGAAAAAGUUCUCACCAAUAGGGACCUCUCCAAGGCAGGAGACCUGUUCUCCGUGGACAGCAAGUCCAUAGUUCAUGACCUGUCCAUCAUCCUGCAGAAACUACGGGAGAUUUCGGACACCAGCGGGUACUUGGAGAAUUUGAACGACCAGAGCGUGGUGGAGAUCUGCAUUACCAGGGUGACUUCAGCUGUCAGGGAGACCAGCACAGUAGAGGAACACUCACCAUCUUUAAUAGCCCUGUUGGAGUCCUGUUUGAAGCACGAUCUGAAGCCAACCAAUAAAGAUGAGGAUACGCCACAUGCCAAGAUUGCAUCUGACGUGCUCAGCUGCAUGUUUCUUCACUACUCCAAGCGUCCAGUCAUGCAGCUGGCUAUCCCUGUAGCGGUGCAGUUUCUUCAGGCGGGAAAUAAAGAACUUGGUCGUAAUGUAUCCAGUUAUUUAACACUGGCAGCCAUAGACAGCCCUGACUUGCUGGCAAAACACAUGAAACCAAUUCUGGAGAGUGUGCUGAUAGGUAACCAUGGCCUUAUCCGCAUCCUUCCACAGAUUUAUAAACAAAACAAAGACCCAGUCCAUGACAUGCUGAGUGAUUUGGUUGAUCUUCUUCCUGACUGUGAUACCCCUGCUGCUACUGAUGUGACCCCCGCACCAACAAAUGGAAGUGAGGCUACUUCCACUCCUGAGAACUCUGAGUUGCUAGAGAAAAAUAGUCUGCUUCAUCUCUUUGGAUUGGUUGCCAAACAUAAACCAUCUCUACUAGAACCUCAUCUCUCUAAACUUGUGCCGCACUUGUCGUCAACAGCAACAGUUGCCAUGGUGAUACAGUUACUGUUAGAUGUGGCACUGAACAACGCAGAACCUUUCAUUCCUCACAUGGCUAAAGUGAAGGUCACGGCACAGCAACAUCCCACAUUUAUAUGUCAAGUUAUUCAAAUAACAGGAGCAGUGGGGAGACUUUCAGAGAUCCAGGCCAUAGCUUGUAUGGAGUACCUGAUGUCUCUAACUCCUGAUGCUGAGCGACAGACCCUGCUGGUAAUACUGCGUGCAAUCAAAAAUAUCACUGAGAAAUACAGGAACGUUGUGGGCAAACAUAUCAAAACGCUGCACCAAUACUCGGAGCAUGCAUCAAACGGAGUACGGGCGCUUGUGCAACAGAUUAAGGAUAUUCAUACAAAAGGAGUUCACACUGAAAAAGAGUUCAAGUCCUCAUACAGUCAGACAGAGGGGGGCGUGACAGUUAUUACUGUGGGGAACCCUCCACCCCUGACCUCCUCUGCCACAGCACAAGUUACCAAUGGAAGACCAGGAAAUGCUCACUCUUUCUCAAAAUAUCAAGAUGCUCGUCCCAAACACGACCGCCCUCACAGCGCGGCCACAGUCAGUAGCACUUACUCUGAGAGAACAGUGUCUGGUAUCAGUGGUAUCACUGCUAUGAGCAACAANUCUACCUCUAUACAAGUAUUAUAUUAA